AUGACUACUUCAGAGAGUAAGGUCGUCAUCAUCGGUGCAGGUGUUUUUGGAUUGAGCACGGCACUUCAUCUUGCCAAAGGAGGAUACAAAGAUGUUACUGUCUUCGAUUAUCAACCGUACCAGGACAACGCGUACAACCCUAGUGAAGGUUGCGACGGUGCCUCUGCCGAUGUGAACAAGAUCUACCGUUGUACCUAUGGUGAUGAAACCGAAUAUCAGGAUCUCGCCUUUAGCGGAAGACCUAUUUGGCUCGAAUGGAACGAACAGAUAGCAAAAUCCAAACCCGAAGAUCUGCCUAAAGGUCUCACUCCAGAGACUAAACUUUUUGUACCCUGUGGAUUUUAUAGGCUGGCAGUGGGACCUCAAUUAUCAGCCUAUGAUCAGAUGUGUCUGGACGAACUCGAGAAAGCAGGUUUGAGGGAGGAAUUACAUGUCAAAAAAAACGCCGCAGACAUGGCACGCCUGGCCGAGAAAGAUAAAGCUGACCCGUCAACUCAUUGGCUCGAGAAGAUCUCCGUGUUUGACAACUUCCAAGGGGGUACUCUGGACGGUUUCGUGGACACCGUCGCGGGUAUGACAUACGCCGACAAAUCAUGUGCUUGGGCCCGAUACUUGUGUGAGAAGGCAGGAGUCAAAUUUAUCCUCGGCCCUGAAGUCGGCAAAUUGGAUGAUCUCAUCUAUGAAGGCGAGGGCGAUUCAAAGAAGGUUGUGGGUCUCAAGACGGCGGAUGGGAAAGAACACAAAGCGGAUGUUGUCGUCGUUGCUUGUGGAGGUUGGACUCCUUCUGUUUUACCCGACCUCAAUGGAGCUCUCGAAGCUACGGCAGGUUCUGUGGCUACUAUCACCAUCCCCAAAGAAAGGCAGGAUCUCUGGGACAAAUUCUCUCCCGAAAAGUUCCCUUGUUGGGGCUACGGCUUGACUGGUCACGUUUCUCCGGAGUAUGGUGGUUUCUAUGGUUUCCCCAUAACUCCCGAAGGAAAGAUCAAGAUUGGAUACCGUGGUCGUAAAUGGACCAACUAUCAAACUCAUCCCAAAACCGGUCAAAGAUUGUCCGUUCCAAAAACCAAAUACACUCCAGACAAGGCGGUCAACCUACCCAAGAAAGCUAUCGUCAACAUCAAGAAAGUUGUCUUCGAGCUUUUCCCAGAACUCAGGGGAAUCGGAAUCACUGACACUCGAAUGUGUUGGUACACUGAUUCGGUGGACAAUUCUUUUGUCAUCGACUACGUCCCCGGAUAUAACAAAACAUUAUUCGUCGCUUCUGGGGGUUCCGGUCAUGGUUUCAAGUUUCUUCCUGUUCUCGGUAAGCACGUUAAAAAUCAACUUGAAGGUGCCCAGGACCAAUUCACACCUCUUUGGAAAUUCCGUAAGGCCGUUCCAGGAGAGCAUGCCAAUGGUCUUGAAGAGGGUGAAAAUUCUGGACGUAACUUGGCCAGCCUUGAGUUGGCCGAUGUGUCCGAUUGGGUAUGGGCGGAGCCGGGAGAGGUCAAGAUUGAGGAGGAUGAGAAGAGUAAUGGGGUAUUGAAUGGUUUGGUGGAUAAGGUCAAGAGCCUUGUAGUAUCAUAGAGUGAGAGAGGAUGAGCAGAUCUCCUAUAGACUAUGCAUGCCCUUUACCUAGU